UACCUCGUUGUUUCUUCAGCACAACCGAGUUUCGGUCUCAUGGCUCAGCUGUACGAGCACAAGCUUCCCGAAUAUAUUUUUACCGAGAAACUUGGACAAGGAACGUAUGCGACUGUUUUCAAAGCGUACCACAAGACAGGUGCACGGCGAGUCGUUGCUAUAAAAUGCAUCUCCAAAAACUCUCUUACCAAGACAGCAACCGAGAAUUUGCUUACGGAAAUAGCAAUAUUAAAGAGAAUAAAGAACGAGCACAUCGUGGAACUCAUAGACUUCCAGUGGAACCAGCAGUUUAUUUACCUUAUUAUGGAGUAUUGCGCCGGCGGCGAUUUGCAUCGCUUUAUACGAGCCAACAAACGACUUCGAGAGUCUGUUGUUCGCAAGUUUCUGCAGCAGCUCGCAAAGGCUUUGCGGGUUCUCCAUCAACACAAUAUUGCCCACAUGGAUCUGAAACCGCAGAAUAUCCUUCUCUCUUCUGUUCGAAACCCUUCACUGAAGCUCGCAGAUUUUGGGUUUGCACAGUACUUGCGAUCAGGUGACCUGGCCAGCUCUCUUAGAGGAUCUCCAUUAUAUAUGGCUCCAGAAAUGCUGCUCAGUGACCACUAUGACAACAAAGUGGACUUGUGGUCUGUCGGCAUCAUCAUGUACGAAUGUCUUUUUGGAAGUGCCCCGUAUGCUUCGCCAACUUUUGAAGAGGUAGCAGCAAAAAUUCGCACUGACAAGCCUAUACAGCUUCCACAAGGCGCAUCUGUGUCUGACUGUUGUGCAGACCUGCUGCUGAAGCUGCUUCAGCGGAAUCCUGAGAAACGCAUAGGCUUUGAAGAAUUUUUCGCCCAUCCAUUUGUUGACUUGGAGCACAUUCCAAGUGCAGAGACUCUUAAGAAAGGAGCCUCUCUGAUUCAGCAAGCAGUGGCCAAGGACAGCCAGGGUUGCCAGCGAGAAGCACUACAUCUCUACUGCCAGGGCCUGCAGUAUCUGCUGCCUGUUUUACAAAAUGAGACUGACUUGGAAAAGUGGAAAUCGUUACAAGCAAAGGUCAGCGAAUACCUUCAGCGUGCGGAAACGCUUAAGUCGACACUGAAGUCAAGGGAGGCUAUUGUCAUUGAUGAUGACCACCAUGGGGGUGGGACUGAGUUCGAGGACAUUUGUGAUCGAUAUCCUCCUCUCCAGAGUGCCCUUCUUUUGGUCAACUCUGCAAAAAAACUGGCUGUUGCAAACAGACUUAAGGAUGCACUGAAGACUUAUCAGGAUGCUUUAGAUCUAGUCAUUCCUUUUAUGAGCAAAUGCAGGCCAGAUGAAAAGGAGGUGCUGAGAGCAGAGGCUGAAAAGUGGCUGGAGGCUGCAGAACUAGUUAAAUCAUACAUGGCUAUGCAAACCAUGGAGGUAGGAAGGACAGCUCCUGUGAAAUCAGAACAAUCGUGCACCAUACAGUAAAUCUAGGUCAUGUGGGAAUGGUGGUCACGAAGCCUUGUACAUUUGUAAAAUAUGUGUUAUGUUUUCCACUUGUGUGUUACAUGUGCCGUUGCUGUGCUCGGCCUUAAAGGGACACUAAAGUGAAUAUAAAUUUUGAACAUAAUGUAGGCGAUGUCGUAUAGGCCACUAAUGCGCCAUUCUGCUGCUGUUUUAACUUCUAUGUAAAACAGACGGGGGAGAUUUGGCGACUUCAUUAGCGAAGGCAUGAACUGUCAGCGAGCCACUAGUCAAUAAUGUGCAUUUGUUUCAUUGGUACGAUACAUUUUUGUUCACUGUACCAUUCCAGCUGAGUGGUGUUUCGUUGAGUCACUUUUAAAUAAAAAUGCACUCUUGUGCCAUAUGUGUACAUGAGAUUUCAAAGCAAGAGUAAUAAGUUGUGUCACUAUUCUCUCAAAUAAUACCACGCUCAGCAAAAGUAUCAUGCAAAAUUUGGCAUUGGCACCUGCCAAUAUAGUCUCCUCUGGUGUACAGUCUGGACUACAGAUAACGCCCUCAACUACAUGUCAGAAAGUGUACUCAAAACCAUGUAGCAACGAGGAGAAAAGUACAGUCAUCACCAUACUCAAUUUGAACACACUUUAACUCUUUCAGUGUGUUUCUUUUUUUUUUUUCUGUAAGGUGACGCACUCUUAGUGUCGAUGUUUUUUUCUCAGAUAUUAUAAAACGAACACAAUGGUUUAUUUUCUGUUAUACAGAGCAGAAAGAAAUUUACACGGAUAGUGACAAAUGCAUUCUUAUUAUGGUCCUCACAUUCUUAACUUUGUUUUUUGUCUCCUACCAAGUUUCGUUCUGACACAAGAGCUCCCGUGAUAGCUCUGCUGGGCCAGUGCCAGAAAAAGAAUAAUUAAAACCUCCUACAAAUGUACGACAGAUGGCAGAAACACACAAGAGUGGUGGCACUGCACCAUGGGGCAUAUAUUUGACUGAAGGAUCACCGCCUUAGUGGUGCACAAAGUCCGGGAACCACCCCUCCCAUUUGCGGAUGCAGCUCCGCGCGAUGCAAGCACGACCUCGAAGAGGUGCAUUCUGCAGGAUGCUAACAGAAAACCCAGACGGAAAAAAACCCACACAGAUGAGAAAAUAUGCUUCUAGAAAUACACAACUGGUGGCAUAACUACCUCAGAGCACAUUAACUUCAUGUUACUGCGCACAUCCUACUGAAGAGAGCGGGGAACAUAGGGGUACGCCAGUCUUGUGGCAGGACAGAAGCACGAGAACGUACCUGCAGGUCACUGACACUGAAAGAGUUAAACACAGGCUUGAAUGUGUUAGCUUAAUGUGUCUUUCUCCCACAGCAUUCGGUGUUUGCUCCUUGUGGCCCGUGUUUGUUAUAGUUAAGGUGCUAUAGAUGUGUGCUCAAGUCCAGUUGAAUCUGUACAUGGGAGCUUGCAUUCGACAUUGUUAGAGUGAACUUUUUUUCGAGCUGACCUUUUAUUCAACAUGUAGAAGCAACUCUCGAUCUCCAGUACCAGCACCACAUGCACACUCAGACAGGCUUCACUCAAGAAAAGAGCCAUGGUUUGAGACAUUUGCUCUUCUACCGACAUUUUGGGCAGCAUUAGCUAACUAAGCCAGCAUAAUGAGCCCAAGUCGAAGGCAUCGAGUCACUAGGUAGCAUGUACUGCAAAAAUAUUUCAAGCAGCUUUUUUAUGGUUGGCUUGUGUUAUUACACUAUGGGGAACCAUAUGACACCGACAGAAAUGAAGCCAAGGAAAUUUUUUGUUGGUCUCAUAUAGUAAUGAUUAACGAAAAUCAAGCCCCUUGGUUCACCUUUCUUCUCAUCCAUUACACUACUGGAAGCCACAGGAAACACAGAUACGCUCUUUUCAACCAGUCUUUCUUAAGAAACACACUUUUAAGUUAUCUUAAAACCUGUGAAGUAUGGUACAGGUGUCCUGGAUUAAAUUUGUCUAAGUUGUCUUUAGUGUCCGUUUAAUGCUCGCAUAGGCACGGUGAAUGUGUUCAAAGUAGCAGCCAAACUCAAAUCCAGUUUAUAUUUUUUGAACAUCAGAAAUUUGUUGCGUAAUGUUAUGAACGUUGUUAUGUACAGUUGUUGAGAAGUUGUGCAUUAAAGCAGCCUAUCAUGGUUA